AUGAUAUUUAUUGGAAAAAGAUUUAAUUCUAAUUUUUUAUCAGCUAUUAAUUUUACCUCAUCUAAAUAUUCUAAUAAUACUUUUCUUAAAUUAAAAGAUGGAGGUAUUAAAAGUUAUGAAGAUAUGAAUAUUCUUUCGGGAAAAUAUGCUAAUGUUUUAAAUACUAUUUAUAAUGUCAAGAAAGGUGAUAGGGUUUUAUGUAGAGUAUCAAAAUCUGUUGAUAGUUUAGCAUUAUAUUUAGCUACUCUUAGACUUGGUGGAAUUUAUAUACCAGUUAAUCCUAUGUAUACAUUAAAAGAGACAAAACAUUUUGUACAAGAUUCAGAACCAAAAAUAUUUGUGACAUUAGAUUAUGAGAAGGAUAAAACAUUUGCCACAUUUAUACCACAUGUUGUUGAUGAAAAUAAAUUAGAACCUGUAUCGAGUGAUGAUAUUGCGUGUAUAUGUUAUACUUCAGGAACAACUGGUCUUCCUAAGGGUGCUAUGAUAACACAUAAUGGUUUAAUAUCAAGUGCCAAUAAUCUUUCCUCCUCAUGGAAAUUUACCUCACAUGAUACACUCCUCCACAUGUUACCAUUUUAUCAUAUUCAUGGUCUUUUUCUUUCUCUCAGCUGUUCAUUAAUUUCACAUAGUUCCAUGAUAUGGAUAAAUAAAUUUUCUAUUGAUGAUGUUAUUAAAUAUCUUCCAUUAAGUACUGUAAUGAUGGGUGUCCCAACAUUUUAUACACGUCUCCUUAAAUCACCAAAAUUUACUUCACAAAAUCAUUCAAAUAUAAGAUUAUUUGUCUCUGGUUCAGCUCCGUUAACACCAGCUGUCUGGAGAGAAUUUAAAAAAAUUGUUGGUAGUGAGAUAGUUGAACGAUAUGGGAUGACAGAAACUAUGGUAAUUACUUCAAAUCCUUAUGAUGGUAUAAAAAUUCCAGGAAGUGUUGGUAUACCAUUACCUGAUACUAAAAUAAGAAUAAAUAAUAAUAAUGUUAUUGAGGUAAAAAGUAACUCAUUAUUUAAAGGAUAUUGGAAAAAUCCCGAAAAGACUAAAAAAGAAUUUACUGAUGAUGGUUAUUUUAUCACUGGUGAUAUGGGAGAAAUAAAAAAUAAUGGUUAUUUAUAUAUCUUAGGACGAAAUAAAGAUCUUAUUAUUUCUGGUGGAUUAAAUGUAUAUCCAAAAGAAGUAGAAGAUGUUAUUGAUAAUAUAUCAUUUAUCUCAGAAUCUGCUGUUAUUGGAUUACCUCAUUCUGAUUUAGGAGAAUGUGUUAUUGGUGUUGUUGCUAAAAAUGAUAUAAAUAUAAGUGAUGAAGAAGGUGAAAAAUUGAUUAAAUUAAGAUGUCAUGAAGAGUUGGCAGGAUAUAAAGUACCAAAAAAAAUAAUAUUUGUAAAAGAAUUACCACGAAAUUCAAUGAGUAAAAUUCAGAAAAACAUUCUUCGUGAUACCUAUAAAAUGCUUCAAUUAUAG